AUGGCUCGUUUGAGCUUCGUCGUGAGCUUGAUCGCGCUGCUUGUCAGCAUUGUCAGCGCUGGAAACUCUGCUGUCCUCGACCUUCUACCCAACAACUUCGACAAAGAGGUUCUUCAAUCCGGCAAGCCCACACUCGUGGAGUUCUUCGCGCCGUGGUGCGGACACUGCAAAAACCUCGCCCCCGUCUACGAAGAACUUGCCCAGGUCUUCUCCUUCGCCUCAGACAAGGUGCAGAUCGCCAAGGUUGACGCCGAUGCUCACCGCGACUUGGGCAAGAGAUUUGGUGUGCAGGGUUUUCCUACCUUGAAGUGGUUCGAUGGCAAGAGCGAGAAGCCUGCCGAGUACAACGGCGGUCGCGACCUCGACAGCUUGACUGCUUUUAUCACCGAAAAGACCGGCAUCCGUGCCAAGGCCGCUGUUAAGCCUCCUAGCAAUGUGCAAAUGUUGACCGAGUCUUCGUUCCACGAUGUUGUUGGCAAGAAACAGAAUGUCCUAGUUGCUUUCACUGCUCCGUGGUGUGGACACUGCAAGAGCCUGGCCCCUACUUGGGAAGAACUCGCCAACGACUUCGCCCGUGACGAGAACGUCGUGAUCGCCAAGGUCGACUGCGAGGCCGAGAACUCCAAAUCACUCGCCUCGGAAUUCCAAGUGCAGGGAUUCCCCACCAUCAAAUUUUUCCCCGCUGGAUCCAGUGAGCCUGUUGCCUACGAAGGCGGACGCAGCGAGGACCAACUCGUCAGUUACAUCAACGAAAAGGCCGGUACUCACCGCGUCGUCGGUGGCAGCCUUGAUGAAAAGGCCGGCACUAUCCCUACCCUCGACGAGAUUGUCGCCAAGUACGUUCCCACCAAGAGCUUCGUUAAGCUCGCCGAUGAGGUUCAGAAGGUGGCCAAGUCGGUCCAGGAGCAGUACGCUCAGUACUAUAUCAAGGUUACGGAUAAGCUGCGGGAGAGCGAGGGAUACGUGAAUAAGGAGUUCACUCGUCUCAAGAAGGUGCUCAGCAAAGGAGGUCUUGCGCCUGAGAAGGUCGAUGAUUUGAUCUCGCGUAGCAAUAUCCUACGCCAGUUCUUGGGUGAGAAGACUGAAGAGGGUAAGGAUGAGCUGUAA